AUGAGAGGCUGCUGGCUCUGCUUCCUCGGACUGUGGUGGAGCGCGUACUACUGCACCGUCCCUGUCUCCGGUAGAAACAACUUCUCUCUGGAUGGUAACAACGAGGUUCACCCCGGUUUUAUCCACCGGAGGCUGAGGACGCACGAAAAACGGGAGAUGCAGAAGGAGAUUUUAUCCAUUCUGGGACUACCGCAUAGACCGAGACCGCAUCUGUCCCACGGGAAAUACAACUCCGCGCCGCUGUUCAUGUUGGACUUGUACAACACAAUAUCGAGCGAGGAGAAGAGCCAGGUGGAGGGCGUCUUGGACCGAUACAGCCCGAUGCGAACGACGCAAACUCCGCAUGUGGCCACGUUCCAGGAAACUGCCUUUCUAAAUGACGCGGAUAUGGUGAUGAGCUUUGUCAAUUUAGUGGAGUUUGACAGAGAGCUGUCCCCUCAGCGGCGGCAUCACAAAGAGUUUAAGUUUAACCUGUCCCAGAUCCCGGAGGGGGAGGCGGUCACUGCAGCAGAGUUCAGGCUGUACAAAGAGUGUGUGAGCCGCGCCUUUCCCAAUGACACCCUCCUCCUUAAGGUCUACCAGGUAGUCAAGGAGCACCCUGACAGGGAGGCAGACCUGUUCCUGCUUGAGUCGCGCAGACUGUGGGCUGCUGAGGAGGGCUGGCUGGAGUUUGACAUCACAGCCACCAGUAACCUGUGGAUCAUGAGCCCUGUGCACAACCUGGGCCUGCAGAUCAGCAUAGAGACCAGCAGCGGUCAAAGCAUCAGCUCCAAGGAGGCGGGGCUUGUGGGUCGAGAUGGCGCCCAGGAGAAGCAGCCAUUUUUAGUGGCAUUUUUCAAAGUCAGUGAAGUUCAUAUAAGGACAGCGAGAUCGACUGGAAGCAAACGCCAACGACAACAGAACCGCAACCGCUCCACACAACCCCAGGACACGCACAGAGGUCCCGCCCCCGCAGAUUACAACAGCAGUGACCAGAAGACGGCCUGCAGGAGACACGAGCUCUAUGUCAGCUUUCGAGAACUGGGAUGGCAGGACUGGAUUAUUGCUCCUGAAGGCUACGCGGCCAACUACUGCGAUGGCGAAUGCUCCUUCCCUCUGAACGCACACAUGAACGCCACCAACCACGCCAUCGUACAGACUUUGGUGCAUUUAAUGAAUCCUGAAAAUGUUCCAAAGCCAUGCUGCGCUCCUACCAAACUCCACGCCAUCUCUGUGCUCUACUUUGACGACAACUCCAAUGUCAUCCUCAAGAAAUAUAAGAACAUGGUCGUGCGGGCGUGCGGCUGCCAUUGAUAUCACAUAAGGACUACGCAAUUUUAAAGUAAUUCUGUUAAAGGGCUGCAAAAAAACUUGUUUCGAUGCAUUAUGGAAAAUAAAAACUUGGCCGUGAGAAGUAAAUGCUUGGAAAAGACUAAUACAAGUGACUUCUCUUCUUGGCUGCAUUGUGGACAUCUAUGGUGUAAAUGGCUAUGUGACUGUAUAUGUGGGACAAACUUGGCGGUAUAUGAAUAUUAUGUCAAUGGAGAGCCUAUGAACUAAAGAUAAGGCACCUUUUCACCACUUGGGCCAAAAUGUUGCUUGGACUAAAAGUCAAUGCAGUUGAAGUCCCCUUUUGAUAAUACAACAAGAGAACAAGCUCACAUUUUGAACAAUAUGACCUAUUUCGAUGCAUUUUAAUACAUCCUACAUGAUAAACUCAUUGCCUUCAAGUAUUUUCAUCACAACUCAAAUUUGUCUUCCAGAAAUACAUAAUAUAGACUCAACCAAAGUGACCACGGUCUAUUUCAGUGCUGUGCUGCUCCAAAUAUCCUCUCCGUGUCAAUAUUUGCGGGCCCAACUCACCGAGCGCCUCGACGUGAUGCAUGUUGUGGUGGAAGUGAUGUUUUGGUCCAAAGAAGUCAAGAAUACGGCCUUAUCCCUCGGACAAACCGCAAAGGGCCAUUUCCAUGUAACUGCACUCGCAAAGUUAACAAACGCUUCCACCCCUGACAACCCAUCAAGAGAGCGUGGAAAAACAUUUAGCCAGUCAAAAACAGUUGGCUGAGGGGCAGCUGUGCCAGUCUUCUGAAAUUAGCUCUCUGCUUUUUCAGCCCAAAGGUAAAAUUAUAUUGAGUUUUUGUGUGCAGUGGUCACAUCUUUCCACUCGCACUUGUUACUGUGAGCUUUGAACAACAUGGACUCUUUAAAGGGACCUUAUUUUUAUGUACAACUAGUAAGUACCUAAUGUGCCUAACCAACAUAAAAUAUACCUCUGGUAAGCUGCUGUCCGUGUGACCAUGUUUAAGACUGUAAAUACUUGUACAUUCUCUGCUUAUUUAUUGCACCUUUAUAUAAAUGUAUCACAUUCCUUAUUAUCAGGCAGAUGCAAGAACAAAAUGAGAAAAUUAUUUUUGGAAAAAAGUUUUAU